AUGAAAGCUUCCAUCAUCUUCCGUGAAGAUCAAAGAAACCCUACUUUCAGAGCCAAAAUCCCUCUCAAUUUCUUUGGUUUCCCCUUCCGUUCCGCCAUUCAACUUGCUGAACCUGAUAAUCUCUCUUUCACCUUCACCUCUUUCUUCAGAUCCGGCCCUGCUUUCAACUUCUCUUACCGUCCCAAUGAUUCUCUCGCCCCUUUCACUCUCGCCGUCAAGGCCGGAAUCGGACUCUACGGCUCCUCCAUUGACUCUCCUAUGAAUUUCACCGCCGAAUUCAACCUUCCAGGUAAUAAACCCCCUCGGUUCUUCCUUCACUUCAGGCCUCGACUCGGCGAUUUCACUCUCCGCAGAUCGGUCCAGUCGCACACCGCGAGUUUUAAUUUGCCUCUGGAUGAUGAUCUUGCUGCUAUGAGUAGCGGCAAAUCCGUCGAUGGCGGCGAAUCUUCGGGAGAAGUUCAUGCUGACCUAGGUCUCGGAAAUACGAUACUCUCAGGCCAGAGAAUCCAUUGCUCGGGGAUAUUUAAUCGAUUCCAUGAUCUGCUCUCGACUGGGGAGAUUAACGCGAGAUCGACAUUUAAGGUCAAGAACUCGGCGUCGGUGAAGUUCCAAUGGUGCAUGAGGUUUCCGAUGAGCAUGAAGAAGGAAGAGUUUACGGCCAAGGUUAUGCUCUCCAAACUGCCAUAUCUAGCAUUAAGAAAGAUCAAAAUCGAACUCGCGAAGGCCAGCGACAGCGAACGAGAAAGCAAUGAGGCCGUCAGCGCCGGAGAGAUUUCAGUCUUGAAGAAACAUUUGGACGAUUUACGGACAGAAAGCCGGUGGAUGAAGAAGAACAUAGAGCAACUUCGGUCAGAGAUCGGUGACCAGAUGGCUGCACCGGCGAAUCCGCCGGUUGAAUCUCGGAAGAAAAGAUGA